CUCGUGCCCAAAGGAAUCGCUGAGUUAGUUGGCGGAAGUAAAUCACUUCGUCAUGUGUAGCAAAUUUAUCCUAAUACUCCUGAACCUCCACCAGAUAGUUGCAUUGGAAGAUGCCGAUUACUGGAGGAACUCAGCGAGACUAGAGAUUGAAGAGUCACUGUCCCACAAAUGGAACAAGAAAACCGCUAAAAACGUUAUUGUUUUUGUUGGAGAUGGAAUGAGUAUUGAUACCAUCACAGCUAGUAGGAUUUAUCAUAGGGGCGAGACGAGUUAUCUCGCGUGGGAAAAGUUACCUCACGUGGGUCUUAUCAAGACGUAUAAUACCAACAAACAAGUACCUGAUUCAGCAUCAACUGCAACGGCGCUCUUCAGUGGUGUCAAGACAAAUUCUCAGGUCGUGGGUCUCGAUAGCAAUGUCGGUGUGGGCGACUGCGAGGGGAGUUUGGAUGAAAGUUAUCACGUGGAGUCGGUAAUAGAGUGGGCACAACGGGCUGGUAAAGCUACAGGCUUUGUCACCACAACGAGAGUGACUCAUGCCACUCCUGCGCCUCUUUACGCCCACUGUCCCAACAGAAAAUGGGAAUGUGAGCGAGAAAUACCGACAUCCUCAAAAGCAUGCAAAGACAUCGCGCGCCAAUUAAUUGAGGAUUCCCCCGGAACCAAUAUCAGAGUGAUCAUGGGUGGUGGAAGGCAGAUGUUAAAGUCCAACGCGACAGGUACCAAGUCAGAUCCGAUAGACACCUGGGCCUGUUACAGUUCGGACGGAAGGGAUCUACUCUCAUAUUGGAAAAAUGACAAGGAAGAGAGAAACCUCCGUUACAAACUUGUUCAGAACAACAGAGAGUUGAGGAGCGUUGAUCCCGAGGAAGUCGAUUACUUAAUGGGAAUUUUCGCUAACGGACACAUCAGCAUGGACUGGAACAGAAAUACAGGGCCUGCAGGUCAACCCAGCCUAGAGGAGAUGACGAAAAUGGCGGUCAGGGUCUUGCAGAAGGAGAAGAAGGGAUUUUUACUUGUGGUGGAAGGGGGACUGAUCGACUUCGCUCAUCAUCGAGGACAUGCGGCACAAGCACUCAGAGAGACAGUCAGAUUCUCCGAUGCUAUUAAUACUACUUUGGGACUAGUGAAUGUUGAUAAUACUUUGGUUAUUGUCACGAGUGAUCAUUCGCAUUCUUUGAUGUUCAAUGGAUAUAGUGACAGGGGGUCGUCUAUUCUAGGGAUAUCACAAAAAUCGAAAUUGGAUCAGACUCCCUACACCAUAUUAUCUUAUGGCACUGGUGGCCCUAAUAACAUGGCUUACGAGGUGAAAGAUGGAAAAGCAUCUAGAAUCGAUCCGACGAAAAUCAAUACCAGCGACUUCACUUAUAGUCAACAAGCUGCCAUUAUCACGGAUGAGGCUUAUCACGGGGGCGGUGAUGUUCCAAUUUAUGCAAUAGAUUUUGAUGCGGCUAAAGUUAACCUAACUUACAAAAAUGGGCAAUUUCAUGAUUAGCCACUUUCUUAAUUUUUCUCAUACACGGAUCGGCGAGGUAUAGACGCCUAGUGGUAGGAUUUGCAGUGGUGCAGUUCUUGCAGUCUCAACCACAUGUUUCAAUAACUUCUUCAUUACUAGGUUAUGAUGCGCGCUACAACCAUACCACCCGGUUUAUGGCUCCGUUGCUUUUGCUGUAGUGCAUAUAUUUGUAAAUAUGCACAGAAUAGGUAUACGCCUCCGUAUGGACAUAUGUAGCUCUCGUAGUCGCCUCAUUUGGAGUUGGUUGUUGUCGUGUAACUUUUUUUUUCGACAUUUAAAAAAAAAAAUUUAUUGUAGAUAGCUCUAAGAAUUAGCUGUAAAAUAAACCCAUUAUAAUUCCAACUGACCAUCU